CUAGUACAUAGCUGUUGUAUUUCUUCCAUUUUAUUAGACCUAAGUUAGACGAAAACUCAAAUAAGUUCCCCAACAUCAUAGAGUCUUGGCAUGCCUAUGCAUGAAGGAACUUUUGUAGAAGUCAUUGACACAGAGCUGCAUCCGAAGACACAUGCAUAAUCGACCAAGAAGUAUUAGUGUUUAAGCCAAAUCUUCCUAGACCGGCGCUAUACCACGUGAAGCGUACUCUGCAUUCGUUCCUUCUUAACAGACCACAAGCCAUCGAUAUAGAGCUAUACAUAAAUAUAUACAAAUAUAUACUUCGAUCCAAGGUAUCAAUAUGGGAGUUCAGGCUGCGGCCGUGAAGGUGCAUGUGCUCAAGGCCGAUCGUGUUGCCCCCCAUCCGCACAAGACGUACAUCGAAUUAAGUAUUGGAAGCUCAAAGAUAAAGACGGAGCCGUCGCAUAAUAAUAUAUGGGGGGAUAUGUACUCGAUACCGUGUCCCUCGGGCGAACAAUCCAAACUAGAGCUGGUGUUGAAAUUGAAAAGUUUAUUCAAGUCCCAAACGCUUGGCAAGUUCAAGACCCCUCUGCGCAAGCUUAUGACCCAGGGUGUGGAGGCCCCAUACCCUCUGCUGGAUGAUGGCGGUCGUCCAGCAGGUAUGCUGGUCAUGCGUAUGUGGGUGAGUGAACAGCGGGAAGUACCGAACAGCACCGAAUCCCCACUGCGUAGGCAAAGGUCGACUAAGUCUGAUCGCAACGCGGAUGGUGACGGGACUAGCUCACGAGUUAUACCCGAUUCUCCAAUGGGAUCUCGACGUGCUGACAAACCGAAGACAUCUUUUACAAGCAUUGCUUCUCCCGGUGCACGCAGACGAGCAAAGUCAAACGCCCCUGCGUUCACAUCACCGCAGCCCAAACGUGCCUCAUUGAUGUUGGAACCCGAUGACGGCAACACAACUGUGUCUGAUGGAGAAGAGUCAGAAGGUGAGGAUUAUGAUGCUUUCAAGACCAACGCACACAUCAAUACCAACAGCGACGAUAGCUUCAGGGGAAAGGUAAUGGCGCGUGCGCGGUCUAUCUCGCGAAGCGGAAAAGGCGCAAAACCACCCACCAUUCUCCCGCCAGCGCCAAUUAAAGCGCCGGAAGACGCCCUCUCACCAAACAGCAAGACAGCGACCAAUGCCGAGAUGGAGGAGUUGCGCAUCUCACGGGAGAAACUGCAACGCCGUUGCCAAGAACUGGAGACUAUCAUCAUGUCACCCCUCACAUCUUUCGCACCGGUCGAUCUGAAAGAAAAGGAACCCCGCCGAACACUGAACGAAACAAAGUUCACCCAACCUGCCCCGGUAACUAUGAACAUGCCUCCCCCGGACGGCCUCACGGCCACCUUUGCCCCAGGCUUCUCGCAGUCGAUCUGUGGCUGCCUGAGAGAAGGAACUGUCAGCAGCUGUCUCAUGUCUUUCUUCUUCCCCUGUAUCGUCAGUGCUGAGACGCAGGCCGAGGUCGAGGAACGCGAGUGCACCUUCAACGACUGUCUGUGCUACAGUGCCUAUCUCACGCGCCAGUCCGUGCGAGCACGCCACAACAUGGGCUAUAGUGCUUGUGCUGACUGUUGCUGUGCAUUCUUCUGUAACCCGUGCGUGGUAAGUCAGACACAACGGGAGAACACGGCGAGAAUCAAGCUCAACACACAGUACAACUUUGGGGAUGCGUACGGGAACAAGCGGGCGCAGGAUUAGGACGUGGAGUGGGAGGAGAUAUUGAACUUUCACAAUAUAUAGAUAGGUAUAUGUAUGUAUAUAGUUAUACAUGUAUUUAUAUAUAUAUAUGUGUGUAUAUGUACAUGUAUGUAUCUGCAUGUAUGUAUAUAUGUAAUUGAUGCGU